AUGCCCCGGCGUCACUUUCGCUACAAGACACAGUCUUUUUACUUUCCGGCCAAUCUAUCUUCGGCUCAGCAACUGCGACUCGAAGCCGUCGUGACUUUUUUGCAACAGCAACCAGAAGUACUGAAUGAAUUAUUCUCUGGAAAAGAUUUUGAAUUUCUUUGGCAAGCUGCCAUCUACUUUUCUCGUGCAUCUUCCACUGAAAAUGAGCACAUGAACAUCCCUACCCAGCAGAUCAAGCUACCGCAUGAGACGUCGAUCCAGUGGACACGUUCGCGCCAGUCCAAUGCCCUACUCGGGAAAGUGCUCGGGCUCUCCUUUCUCAACCCUGUGAUCUCCAGUCACGCACUUGCAACUACGCCGGGAAUCAAUGGUACUGCUUCGUUCCUACUUCCCGCAGCAAUUUCGUGGAUGAACUUCUCCCGCAGCAAUUUCGUGGAUGAACUUCUUACAAUAUUGCAGUCAACAGCCUGUUACCGUCAACAAGCGUGGUCCCUAGCAGAAUUUCGCAGCCUCUGGACUGAAAUUCAGUCCGCCUGUUGCCUGCAGAACGCCGAUGAACUGCUGCAUCUGGAUCGUUCGUACUUAGGCCAACGCUGGCGCCGUCGCAUUGCAUCUCGCUUUGUAAUUGUUGUUGCUGAACUCCUUCAUUAUCUUCAUGCACAACCGGCUAUGUCCCUUGCUGAGUUCCUUCGAUGCUUCGACGCUUGCAUGCCCUAUCCUGCGGCGCAAUGGGAUUUUCGCUGCUUGUCCUCCACAGAUCGUCUUGCACGAUUGGCUGCUGCCUGUGCUUCUACGUCUUUGGAACCUAGAUUCUACGCAUCCGACAUGCAGUCUGCAGGGCACUCCUCAGAUCCUAGACGCCUGCGGCUUGCUGAAGCAGCUCAGGCUUGGCCUGCUGCCAUCCAGACACCCUACCUCCUGGCUCAUUUACAUGCUUAUCGUCAUCAUUUUGAAGAUUGCCUUGCACCACCUGCGCCCUGUGCUUUUUGUGCUUGCCCAUCCUGGAACACACACGAAAACCUUGUGGAUUUGCGUGCUCUUCCGUGUGGUCUUCCACACCUUCAUUCUCUACUUUCUGGACAAUUUUUCUUGGAACGCUAUCGUGCAAUGUUUGCUGACUUCUCCUUCCCCACAACAUUUAUUGGUCUCACAUUGGAGCAUUUGCAAAAUCAAUUUCCACCCCUGCCACAAGAACUUCACCAAUUCAACCCUGAUGUGUGGAUGCUUUUCCUUUCAUCCGGUCACCCGAAAGACACUUGGAACACUCAAGCACUCUGCUCCAAUACUCCAUUGCAUUGCGCUAUUUGUUCCGAUUGCCGAACUUGCUUGUUUACUUCUGCGCCUGCUUUACCUGCAAAAGCCUUGGCCAAUAACAACGCCUGUGUAUAUCCUCCUUCGGAACUCCGUUUCCUCUCACUUGGAGAACAGAUUUUCAUCGCUCGCGGUUUUGCGCUACGACGCCUUCGUACUUUGACAACCUCUGGUGACCCAGAAGCACGACAGCGCGGUCUUCGGGGCACAGCAAGCGCAAUAGCAUUUCCACAGAAUUCAGCCACCAUCUUUUCAAUACUUCCAGUUUCCGCUCUCCGUCUAUCGGACUACCUAAGUGUCUUCUUCACAGAUGAGACCCAGAGCAACUUGCAUCUGUGUCCCGAGUUUGUGGUUCGCCGUUCCAAAGUACAUGCGGCGCUUCUCUGGCUAACUCAGCAUAAUCCCUAUUAUGCAGAUGUCACCAUUGACGAAGCUACUUUGGCAACCCUCCCUCAUCACGGUGUGCCACCUGAAUGGGCCAGCAAUGUUCAUUUGACAACAGUUCCACUUACCCGCGAGUUUGGGCCUGCCGAUGCUUCUUCCGCCUCCGUGCCUACUUCCGCCAUUCAUGCUGCCGUGCUCGAUCCCAGCCUCGAUCAGACAGAUCCUGUACACCUCUGGAACACCGCGCUGCUUGCCUGCGAGCGCUUUGAGCGUCACAUCGCUCGAGAACCCGACGCCGCAACAGCGGACAUUCAACUUGCCAGUCAUGCUUUGCAACAUCUUGCACAAGCGAGCAAUCAUCGUUCCUUUGAAGCGGAUUCCCUGCACCAAUCUGCCUCAGCAUCCCAAGCACACAAACUAUAUGUUGCUGUGCCCCAUGCCGACACGCCCCUCGACAGCUAUGACCCAUCCUUUUGGUCAAUGUGUUUUCCAGCACUCUUCCCUUUUGGAGAUGGCAUUGAUGGCCAACCUCGCCAACGGUAUCUGUCCGACCAUGACUGGGGUUCUCUUCUACUUCGACGAAGAGACCGCUCCGCUGAUUGUCAUUGGCGUACUGACCUCGAUUUCGUUUCAAUCCUCUUCUCCAUACUCCACCGUCGCCGUCUCCUGCGAGCCGUGCGGGUUCGGGUCCAAGCACCCACUUUUCGCGAACAGAUACCAUCUCUCACCUUGCUUCGCUCCACUGAUUGGACCAAACUUGCUGCCACAGUUGGCGAGCUACUUGCCUCUGAACUAUUCUAUUUUUCCCUGCGUACUACCAGUGAAAAGCUUUCCAUUUACGUUUUUUAG